CCCCUCUUCCCGUAUCUUAUUUAUUCGUGCUGCCGCCUCCCGUGUCGUUAUUCCGCCGCCAUGCCUGGGUUACUGCUGGGUGAGACGUUCCCAAAUUUCGAGGCCGACACCACCAUCGGCAGAAUCAAAAUACACGACUUCUUCGGCAAUGACUGGGGUGUCCUCUUCUCUCACCCACGGGAUUAUACUCCUGUUUGCACCACCGAGCUUGGACGGGCAGUAAAAUUGGCACCAGAGUUCAAGAAACGCAAUGUUCGGAUGAUUGCCCUGUCCAUAGACUCUGUAGCAGAUCAUCUUGGUUGGAGCAAGGACAUAAAUUCAUACAACUGUGAUGAACCCACGGAGACUCUACCUUUUCCUAUAAUUGCAGAUCCCAAACGGGAUUUGGCUAUAAUGUUGGGUAUGCUGGAUCCAGAUGAAAAAGACAAUGAAGGGAUGCCAGUGACUGCCCGGUGUGUAUACAUUAUUGGACCAGAUAAGAAAAUGAAGCUCUCUAUUCUGUAUCCAGCCACCACUGGUCGAAACUUUGAUGAGAUUUUGAGGGUUGUGGACUCGCUUCAGCUGACUGCAACACACAAUGUUGCAACUCCUGUAGACUGGAAGCCUGGUGACAGAGUUAUGGUGCCACCAAAUAUUCCUCAAGAAGAAGCUAGUAAAAUAUUUACUUGUGGAGUGUUUACCAAAGAUUUGCCUUCAGGCAAGAGUUACCUGCGAUACACAGCACAACCGAAAUAAAGAGGAAGAAUACAUUAAUUUGAGUUGUAUACAAGGUGUCUUGAUUGAAUAUGAUUGUUCUGCUUUGUAUAGAUGCUACGGAGCAAAAUCAACAUUGACAAGGAGUCCAUAACUGAUUUCUCUAAAACUCCCCUACUGUAAGGUUGGACUAGAAUUGGUAUGUCAAUCCAAUUCUGUGGAAGGAACCUAUUUUGGCAUUUUAUAUUCUGUGCAAUCUAGCUUUACAGCUGACAAUCUGUUCUGAGAUGCCCCCAGAUGUUGGCAUUUAUCAUAAUGGAACUGUGAAUGUUUAAUGAUCAAGAAAUGCCUUUUUUCCCCAUGAAUAAAUUCCUGUACAGGUAAAAUCCUAUUUUGGUGCCUUCCCAUCCAAAGUGUAUGCAGUGAUCCAAUUAUUUCUUGAUUUGCCAAAGGUUACUCUGCAUUGGUACUAGGGUGCUAAAGUUUAGACCAUCUCCGUUUCGUUUAUGAUUGUGGAAUUUCUUCAGUUGAAUAAAUUAAUUUGAACUGGAAA